UCAUAUAUUGCUAAUUAGAUCUUCGAUUUAGUCAAUUAAACUUAAUUAAUUAUACUUUAACGCUCAAUUAAAGUUAUUUUUCUUGAGACAUGUGUAUUUAUUUAUCUAUUUAUUUUCGGUACCAAAUGGAGACCUAAGCAUAUCCAUUCAUACAUUUUAACUUCUACUCAAAACCCACCGCCUACCCCCCACCAUUAAUCCGUUGUUUCCUCCCUCGACGUUUCUUCCCCGUUGCCAGCGAUCGAAACCAGUGCUCGGCGUCUCCUCUCUCUCUCUCUCUCUGUCUCUCGGUGAAGGAUCUCUUCAUCUGCCCUCUUUUCUUUUUGGAGUUCGAGAUUGCUUCCGUUGAUCGACGUGGUAAACGUUUGUGGGGGGGAGGGGGUAUCGGAUGUCGAUUGCAGGGGGUGAAUUUGGUCGCGGUGGGGAUCGACGGCUGAUUCGAGUGUGAGGAAAUCGGGCAUGGGUUUCUUUCCAGGCUGAUUGGAUCGGCCUUCUUGUUUCGGUGGUUUCGGUGGGAUCUUCCCUCACUUUGAUCUUUGUUUGGGGGGCGAAUAUUUCGGAGGGAAGAUGGGGUAUUUGAACUCCAUCAGUGGGCUUCAAGCAGACGGUGCUCCGGUCAGCGGGGGAGGACUCAGUCAAGAUGGGAAGUUUGGUUAUGGGUAUGCAAGCUGUCCGGGGAAAAGAUCUUCGAUGGAAGACUUCUAUGAGACGCGAAUUGACAGCGUUGAUGGAGAAAUUGUUGGCUUGUUUGGGGUCUUUGAUGGUCAUGGCGGUGCCCAAGUAGCAGAGUAUGUUAAACAAAACCUCUUCAGCAACUUACUCAGGCAUCCAAAGUUCAUUACCGAUACAAAAUCAGCUAUAGCUGAUGCAUACAACCACACGGACGCAGAAUUUUUGAAAUCUGAGAACAGCCAGAACCGAGAGGCGGGUUCAACUGCAUCAACAGCUGUCCUUGUUGGUGAUCGUUUGCUCGUUGCAAAUGUUGGGGACUCUAGAGCUGUCAUAUGUAGAGGAGGAGAUGGUAGGCCCCUCAUCCUUAAAUCAGUUCUCUUAUCAUCAAUUAUGUGUAACGGAUUUCUGUACUUAAUCUAGAACUAAACCGGCUCAAUUUAGAUGGAGUUUACUGCAUUUUUUUUUACUAACUGUAUUCUGACAACCCAACCUAUUUAAGAGCAAUAUUUAGAAUGUGACACCAGUGACAUCUAGGUUCUUAGGAUAUAUGUAGGUUCUAGACCAACAAAGUUUUUUGGCCUUCUC